UCCCUGCGUGCUGGGGCCGCCGCGUGCUCAAACAGGCUACCAGAGACAACGACAGUGGUCCAAGCAGCUGGCACUGCAAUGACGAAGGCCCUUGUAGCAUCGGCCCUCGUUCUGGCGCGAUGGACGCCCUUCUGUACAGCCUUUGUUGCACCUGGAAUGGGGUCAAACUCUCUACUACUGUCGACGCCCGUAGUCUCCAGUACAACAAGUGCGGUAGGGGUGGCACCGGCAUCCAUCGGGCAUUCCAACUGGGCGGCGGCGAUGGCCGGUAGCGACGCUCGACGACGGGGUCGUGCGGCAAGAUGUUGGCGGUCGUCGUCGUCGUGGAAGCCCUUGAGGAUGAUGGCGGGGGAGUGCGUCGGAGGGACGGACAUAUCGAGGGUAUUGUUCGUGUGCCUGUACAACAUCAUGACAAGUCCAUGCGCGGAGGGCUGUCUGAACAAGAAGAUCCUCGACGAGUUCGGAGUUUUUGAGGAGGGCGAGGAAACCUGGGAGGUGGACUCUUGCGGGACCGGAGGAGGCCCCGCAGAUUGGUACAAAGAAGGCGGAGAGGCCCUCUUCCGUGGGCAGGAGCCGGACCCCCGCAUCGAGGUCACCGCGGCGCAGAGGAGAAUUACCACGAGGGGGCUCGACAUGAAGGGAGGGGGAUCGCGGCCCUUGACGCCCGCCGACCUCGACAAGUUUGACGUCAUCCUCGGCAUUGAUGACGACAACGUGGAGGCGAUCAUGACCGCCGCUAAGCACUGGGGCAAGGGCGAUAUCGCCGCAAAGAAGACGAGAUCGUUGCUCUCCUACGGCACCAAGUACCCCGAGGUUAAGACCAUCCCGAACCCCUACUACGCCGGCCGCGAGGGCUUCGAGGUGCUGGUGGACAUUAUUCAGCAUGCCGUCGACAAUCUGUUCGAGAAGUGCCUAAGGGGAGAAGCCUUGUCGUAUGAUUAACGACGUCACCCGUCCAUUAGUCUAGGGGGAAGGGGGUGAGGGGGCAUCCUUGUCGUGAUUGUUCGGGGGGGGUAGAUUGGAGGUUCAUACCCUAGGUCAUCUAAGAGAGAGAAGUGGUCGUGAGUAUGGCUAUGCUAAGGUUGGUGUUGAGGCAUGCCCCGUGUUGAUGUCAAGUUUGCUUUUGCAGAUAGGCAGCGCCUGUCUGGAAUUUUUUCGUCGGUUUGCAUCGUUCUAGAUGGAGCGUUUACACCUGGGUGUUCCCCAGACCCCACCUGCGCAAGGCUUGUUUUGUUCUAUCCAAGUUUACCUUACCGAAGUGCGCACUGCACCAAGCUACCAUGUAUCGAAUGACCGUUGAUUUUCUCAAGGCCGGGGGGAAACGUAGUAGCACUCCUAGGUGUCUACCACGCAAUCGGAAAAUGGGACGAUGCGAUGCUCCUGACAUGGCAGGGGUAUCACAGGGCAACGAUCUCGAGAGAGUAGGAGGAGGUAACGGUGAAGCCCAUACCACAGCAGCGUUUUGGGUUGCACAAGGAAAGUACGCCGGCAGCAGCCACAACUUCAACUAACAGAGUAUGGUGUGUAGGUCGUCUUCCGUGACGCAUCAUUCGGCUAGAUAGACACUGCAUAGGCUUGCCUCUGGGGUCCAGCCUCUUACAGUAGUUGUACUGCAGUGACUCUGGAGGAUUGGCAGAGUCGUGACACCGAACCAAAACACCUUGUUGUGAAUCACGUACUUUUCGUUUCGUUUCCCGGAUUUCGAUAUGGAAAUGUUCAAGCCAUU